GAACGGUCCUCCAGCGGCCCAGCUCGCGCCGCGGUCGCCGGCUGCUGACGUGGGCCGGCCUGGUGGGGGGCCGUGGGUGCGGGUCGCCAUGGCGGUGGACAUCACACUGCUGUUCCGGGCCAGCGUCAAGACCGUGAAGACGCGCAACAAAGCGCUGGGAGUGGCGGUGGGCGGCGGGGUUGAGGGCGGCCGCGACGAGCUGUUCCGCCGGAGCCCCCGGCCCAAGGGCGACUUCUCCAGCCGGGCGCGCGAAGUGAUUUCGCACAUUGGCAAACUGAGAGAGUUUCUUUUGGAACACAGAAAAGAUUAUAUUAAUGCUUAUAGCCACGUCAUGUCUGAAUAUGGGAGAAUGACAGACACAGAACGAGACCAGAUAGACCAGGAUGCUCAGACGUUCAUGAGGACCUGCUCAGAAGCCAUCCAGCAGCUGAGAACACAAGCCCACAAGGAGAUACAUUCCCAGCAAGUGAAGGAGCACAGGAGUGCUGUUUUGGAUUUCAUUGAAGAUUACUUAAAAAGAGUAUGUAAACUUUACUCAGAACAAAGAGCCAUCAGAGUGAAGCGAGUGGUGGACAAGAAAAGAUUAUCCAAGCUGGAACCAGAACCAAAUACAAAGACAAGAGACUCUAUGUCUUCUGAGAAAGUUUCCCAGGACCCUUCAAAAGACUCUGAAGAAAAACCUGUCACUGAAGAAUAUCCAGAAAAAAUUCCUGCCGAAACACAACCUGAAUUGGGAACCUGGGGAGAUGGGAAAGGUGAAGAUGAAUUAUCCCCAGAAGAAAUACAAAUGUUUGAACAAGAAAAUCAGCGCCUGAUUGGUGAAAUGAACAGCCUGUUUGACGAAGUGAGGCAAAUCGAAGGGAAAGUAGUUGAAAUUUCCAGACUCCAAGAGAUAUUCACAGAGAAGGUUUUACAACAGGAAGCUGAGAUUGAUAACAUUCACCAGUUAGUAGUAGGAGCAACUGAGAAUAUCAAGGAGGGCAAUGAGGACAUCAGAGAGGCCAUCAAGAACAACGCCGGCUUCCGUGUGUGGGUGCUCUUCUUCCUGGUGAUGUGCUCCUUCUCCCUGCUCUUCCUCGACUGGUAUGACAGCUAGGUGGCUGCACCCGGCAGACAGCGUGCUGGGUGCACUGUCGUGGCCCCCGGCAUUGGAGCCAUUGGUGGGGAGGGGGCGCUGAGAUAUGUACUCACAAAAGGGACACCCCGACUUGUGGUUUUAAGCCCACUUAGUAGCUGAAAAAGAAAACACAACUGAAAGUGGUCUGCGUCACAAUUCUGAGGCCAGAGGGAAGGAACCGGGAGGGCGAUUAUUCCUGCACCUGAGGGGGCUGCUGUGGGGGGGCUGACCUGGGGAGGGGGCACAGAGGGCCUCCUGCUCCGCGAACAUCUCAGGCUCCUCUAAAGGAGGCGCCGGCCCGGCCCGGCCCUCUGGCGGCAGCAGGAAGAGCGCUGGUCAGUAGCGCCUCACAGCAGGUGACCAUUUGUUUCCUGUGGCUUUUUGUCUGCCUGAGCCAACCAGUACACAGACUCACUGUGCGGUAGAAAAGACAGCUCGCCCUCACCCUGUGAGUCUAAUAAAUACAGCUACAGCCACUUGAUGUACUGUUGGUGGGUCUGAGGUUAGAAAGUCAGUGUGUGCCCACCUGCCUCCUGUCCAGGAAGAAGUGUGGGGAUGGGGCCCGGCUCCUCCCAGAAGUGCUGCCCCCAGCACUUUCCUGACUGGUGGGCCGGGGGCGGGGAAGGCCUGAUUUCCUGCCACUGGGGCCCACGGAGCUCCGUCCAAAGAAGCACUGGGGCCCCUGCGCCCACCCGAGCCCCAGGAAUUGGGAAUGCCUGCUUGUGCUCGGAGGCAUGAGGCCUCUGCGGCCACGUCUGUGUGGGCCCCGGGGGUGGCUUCGAGGGCUCUGCACAGACAGUCUGGGGAGCACCACAGGGAUCCUUGGGUUCUUUAUUUGCACAGAGUGAAAAUGUCAAAAGUUACAUGUGAAAGAGCUUACAGUCAAUAAAACACGUCUUCUAGAAAAUACAGACAAGGUUGCCUGGGCACUGCGUGGGCAUGGGCUGGGGUUUGCUGGCAGAUGACGUCUCCACGCAGGGGGAGCUUUGGCACAUAGUUAUUGCUCUUACGCUUCACAGCGUUCGCGACUCUCCAUGCCCACCCACUGCUCCGAGGUCGUGGUCACUGUAACACCCUUGA